AUGGAUAUUUUGUGGCAAUACCAGUUCAGGAUCAUUCUGCUCGGGGAUUCGACUGUGGGCAAGUCGUCGCUGCUGAAACGCUUCACGGACGGAAUUUACAGCGAUGUGGCGGACCCGACGGUCGGGGUAGAUUUUUACGCCCGCUCGCUUGACAUCGAGCCCGGGGUGAAAAUAAAGCUGCAGCUCUGGGACACGGCUGGCCAGGAACGAUUCAGGUCCAUCACAACAUCAUACUACCGUAACUCCGUUGGCGGGCUACUAGUCUUUGAUCUCACCAAUCGCAAGACCUUUGACCAUGUUAGGGAGUGGCACAAGGAGGUGAGUGAGCACAUCCUGCCUCACCACAUGGUCUACAUCCUCAUUGGCCACAAGAGCGACCUCAACAAGGACCGCAAGGUAAGCCGGGACGAGGCGGAGCAGCUGGCGGCCGAGCUGGGCAUCCGCUACGUGGAGACGUCGGCCAAGUGCAACAGCAACGUGGACCGGGCCUUCGAGCUGCUGACCAGAGACAUCUACGAGCUGAUGAAGAUGGGCGAGAUCGUCACGCGCGACGGCUGGGACGGGGUGAAGAGCGGCCUCACCGCCAAGGUCCUCUACCCAGCCGAGGAAGAAGAGGACCUAGCCGCCCCGACCGCCGAGAAGGGCUGCCACUGCUGACUGAGAAC